UGGCAACGCUGCAACCGUGACAAAACAUUAUUUGUCGGCAAAUUGUCCGGUGUUGAUUUUUGAGUUUUCCUGUGAAAAAGUCGGCAAUUAAAAUGGAAUGCCUGAUCGGAAUCGCGUUCAAAGACUACGUCUUGAUCGCCGCCGACAUGACCAACGCCCACAGUAUCAUGGUCAUGAAGAGUGACGAGUCGAAGAUCUUCAAGUUGUCGUCGCAGGUGGUGAUGGCCGUGUCCGGGGAGAGCGGCGACACGACCCAGUUCGCCGAGUACAUCGCCAAAAACAUGCAGCUCUACAAAAUGAGAAACAGCUACGAACUGUCGCCGUCGUCCAUCGCCAAGUACACUCGCAAGAACCUUGCAGACUACCUUCGAUCCAGGAGCCCGUACAUGGUGAAUCUGUUGAUGGGCGGGUACGACAAGGACGAGGGCGCGCAGCUCUACUUCAUGGACUACCUGGCCUCGAUGGUCAAAGUGCCCUUCGCCGCCCACGGCUACGGCGGCUACUUCUCCCUCAGCAUCAUGGACAGACUGUACAGGCCCGACCUGCCGAAGGAGGAGGGCUACAAAGUGAUGGUUGAAUGUGUGAAGGAGGUGCACAGGCGUCUGAUCGUCAAUCUGCCCAACUUCAAAGUGCAAAUGAUCGAUGCUAAUGGUAUCACUGACCUCCCCAUCAUCUCGGCAAAGGAACUGGCCAGAAAUUCCUCGCCUGACGACCACUGAUUCGUAAUUUCGUUAUUAAUGUAUCCAAUUUUGUUUUAAGUUCCAUUUCGAAUAAAUAAAUAAGUUUCCAAAUGAA